GGACAAUGUCAAGGACGAAAAAGGUGAUGUUCUCGGAGGUGCUCGUUCAACGAAUGCUGAUCUCGAUCAGCAAAUGAGCAGCAAGAUGAAAGAGAGCCUCCGUCCAAGACCACGAAAACGGAACCGUCUUCUGAGUCCAAGUCAUCCCCUUUGGAUUGGCUCUUAUCCCAAGAAGCUUUCGACAUGGCCAAUCCCGAAAUUCCCGAAGGUCACGGAGAGAUCGACUGGGAUCCAUCGUCCCAGCGUAAGACCCCGCCCGAUGCCGACGCCGGCAAACACUCAAGCUCUGAUGAUAAGAUCCUACGCUACCCUCAAUCCGCUCUGACUCCCUUUCAAAACUUGGUUUGCGCUUCGAUCCUCUCCAAGCCAUUGUCCCACAAGCUCGGGUUGAGGACAAUUCAGACACUGCUCAACCCUCCAUUCUCUCUCCGCACAUGGAAGGACUUGGACGAAGCAGGGUUUGAGGGACGUAGAAAGGUCAUGUGGGAGGCUCGUACACAGCACAAGGAGAAGACUGCUUCUCUGCUUGGUGAUCUCUGUCAAGGCGUCAAGGAUCUCUGUGGUGAAGACGAAAAGGAUCUCUCUGAACUCUCGGGCGUGAGGGACCAAGUGAAAGACUUGAAAGAUCCUAAGGAGGCUCAGGACAAAGUCGUCGAUACUUUGACGGACAUCAAGGGUAUCGGACCCGGCGGAGCUGCCAUCUUCUUGCGCCGGGCUCAAAUCGACUGGCAGGAGGUUUUCCCGUUCGCCGAUGACAGGAGCUUGAAGGCUGCAAUGCAGUUCAAAUUGAUCAAGGAAGGAGAAGGAGCCAAAGAGCUCGCGGACACUGUUCAGGGGGAUCGGAAGAAAUACGUACGACUGGUCGACACCCUCGUAGGAUUGGAGCUCGAGAAAAAGGUCGACGAGGCGCUCAAGGCGGCCGGUGUAUAAUUACCCCGUUCUCUCAGCAAAGUCCCAUACAUGUUUAGAUGUAUUCGAU